AAACACCAGAAAAGGAAAGGGCGUCGACGACCUUCGUUACAAUUACAGGGCAAUGGUGACCUGUUCGUCCAGAAAGUACAACUACGUGAAGCGCACGUCUCGCCCAAAAUCAUUAUUCCUGUGAGCAAACCAAGCCUGCAACGAGCUCCGGAAAGCCUGCGGAAUGUUACUAUUGUCCAAUUACCCAGUGCCAUGUAUGCCAUGUAUAACAUCGCUUGUGGGUUGCAAGCCACCAACGAUCUCUGCGCCAUAUGCCUUGCCUGGUCUCUCUAGAACCAUCUCGCAAACGACAGAAGCCUGACGAUGAUCUUGAACAAUCACAACAUCAAUUGAAAAGGCUGAAGCUCGGCGGGCCACCACCAGCAUAUUGGGAUAAUCUGUCAAGAAUUUGGUUGACCAAGGACACUUUACGAGAAUUCAAUCGACGUAAUAGCCCUUCAAACAGGAUAGUGGAGUCGGGACAACGUCCUUGUCGGCCACUAACUCGACAGCUCCACGCGACACUAAAGAAUCGUUGCCAGAUACCUGCUCUCGAUCCCUUGAGCGGCUGCAAGCCUGAAAGCCUUAAGGAGAUAAAAAGGCUCUCCAGGCGGGGCGGGCCUGACUUGUCUGAUCUUAGAAAUUUCCCAGAUCCUCGUACCCCUUUUUAUCAAUCAAUGAGCACAAGCAGUUCAGGCCGCAGGAAGCGACGUGCAGGGUCUGCUCCAGACGAUAGCGACAAUAAGGCCACUACGAAGACUACAAGCACUACAGUGUAUAAUCGAAACUUUCAACAAAAUCUGGUUGACCAUGGUGUCUAUCCACCUGGAUAUAAAUAUCCCAAUGGCCAGAAACUGGCAAAACCGAAUAACUGGCUUGAGCUCAAUGAACGACUGGCGCAACCCCAAGCUUCCCUCUCACCCUCAAAGUUCUCCGAGCAAGAAUUUGAAGAGUUUAGAGAGGCGGACAUGAAUGCAUCCAAGGAGAAGCCUAUAGUACGUUUGGCCAUUCCGAUUAUCGAAGGCCAUAUCGAUGAUGUUAGGUGUAUGGGAGGGGACUACCCAUUUGGGAACUUUGCUCCUCUAACCGAUGGCACACUUGCAAAUGCAAAGCCAGACCACUUUUUUGGUGCUCGGCCUGAGCAGCUAAAUCAUCAAAUCCGUGAUGAGCUUAGCGACUUCAUCAUUCCGUCAACGCAGAAAGACCAUCCGAUAGCUCCAAACUUCUUUCAAGAGGCUAAAGGCCCCGACGGGUCACCUGCUGUUGCUACACGGCAAGCUUGUUACAAUGGUGCAGUGGGGGCUCGAGGAAUAUAUAAACUUCAGUCGUACAAGCAGGAUGAACCUACCUACAAUAAUAAGGCCUACACGAUAACAUCAACCUACCAAGCCGGUCAACUCAAGCUCUACACAACACAUCCUACCGCCCCUCGAGAAAGCGAUGGCCGCACUGAAUACAUUAUGACCCCGCUAAGAUCAUUUGCGAUGACUGAUAACCCAGAUACUUUUCGGAGCGGGGCAUGCGCGUAUAGAAAUGCGCGGGAUUGGGCAAAGGAACGGAGGGACGAGUUUAUCAAAUCUGCAAACGAUAGACACACGCAAGCACGCUCGGAACUCCUCUCUACAUCCGAACGUGAGGCAACCUCUGAGCCCACUAUCAUCCUGGAGGAUUCUGAUACAUCAGCCACGUUUGAUGAAGCCGAGUUCCACGAUGCUGCACAGUGGAGCUUCGCACACACAAAUGACAGCGCUGAUGAUCCUCCGGCUUCGACCAAGCAUACUAAAAGAGCAAGAAUCGGAGCCAGCUCAAUUAGCCGAGCUAGCAGCAAGUCUCUCCAAAAUUAAGCCGUCGGCAUUUGUAUGUAGCCCUGAUACCACCAAGUAGCAAUGAAUUCCCUUUUUUAUUUACGCUCAUUCCUGGCGUUAUUCUCAUGUAGGGUAAGGGCGAGACCAUCAUAAUCAUCGUUAGAAAACUGUCGCAUAUAUCGCAUCUUCGUUGCCAUUCAGUUGGCUUCCAGUCAAGAAUAUUAAGGACCUCUUUCAGGUAAUUUGCGGUGAUGGGAGGCUGAGAACUUGGUUGCAUCCAGUACCAUAUGGUGAGGGGACAUGUUUCUUCAAACAGCAGCCUGGAACACUUAUUGUAUCAUAUGAAGGGGUACUUCCAAUCAAAUCAUGCUCCUAUAUGGGGGUCCAGCCAGGUUUUGGGCAAGCCGCCAAGAGGACCUCGGGAAACGGAACAGGGCUCGUCCGGAAAACCUUCGCGCAGGACUGAGAAACUGAGAGUGUGAGUCUCCUCCUAAAUACUCAGUGCGCUGGAUGGAUUGCUAUUCAGCAAAUGAAUGCAAGGCCUUAAUUUCCUGCUUCGGCAACUUUCCAACUUCAGAGAUUAUUUUUAUUAUUAUUACCUGCUUUUAAUUACCGUAACUUACUAUGAUUAGCACUUGGCUCAGCAUUGUCGGAUACAUCUUGCUAAGUAGCGCGGUGAUUACUCACACUAAAAGUUCGGCCAUUGCUAAUUUUAUGAAUUUGUGGAUGGGUCUGAUCUGUUGAACAACUGGAUUCAUACAUUAGAUAGAUUUUGCAAUCACUGCAUGCAUCAACAACUGCAUACAUCAAUAACUCAAUCAGGAAGUUUGAUGUGUGGAUUCCAAGUUAAAUUGCUGUGCCACUGCGGGUAUUUCCGGAGAUAAUCCCCUGGAAUAACGUAAUUUUUGUGUCCAAUCGUGG